AGACCACCCAACGUGUCACCACCCCAUUAUUUAGAACUCGAAUCUACACCCUAAUAAAAUGUUCCCAUUACGUGCAGCAGCGCGUAUCGACUCGUUAGACCAUCUUGUCCUAACGGUCAAGUCUAUCACCGCCUCUACCACUUGGUAUGUGAACAAUCUCGGCAUGCGAGCAGAGUCGUUCAGGUCGCCAUCGUCACCAGACGUCACACGGCACUCACUGGUAUUCGGAUCACAGAAAAUCAAUUUGCAUGAGUCGGGCAAGGAAUUUGAACCCAAAGCCUUCAAAGUGCUACCAGGAAGCGCAGAUCUAUGCUUCUUAACUUCGGACAUUGUUUCGGAAGUGCGUAAGCGCCUAGUGAAUGCCGGCGUGGAGAUGGUUGAUCUCGGGGCCGAGAAAUCCGAUGAUGGAGUCGUUGUACGGACGGGCGCGCGAGGGAAGAUCAUGAGCGUCUACUGCAGAGAUCCUGAUGGAAAUUUAAUAGAGAUAUCAAAUUAUAUUGAUGAGAAGACAUCUACAUAAGUCUCCGAAGUCUAGUACGAAGUGGAAUAAUCAUCCUUCUUCAUCUUUAGGCAGUGUUCGGCGGAUAUGUAUCCGGGUAGUAUCCGUGAAGCUCACGGGUAGGGUAUAUACCCGGCGAAGAUCUGACGGGUAGAGUAGGGUAUAUACCCGGAUACAUGAGGCUGAAUAAAAGCAUAUAAAAAUGAA